AUGUAAUCUAAAAUAGAUAGGUCAUUUUUUGAUGAACAAACAAUUGAUUCAUCCUUUUGGGAAAAGUCAAUAUCCUAAAUAAAUAAUGACAAAAUUGAACAUCAGUUUAUCUUCUUUGAGAAAAGUUAAAAAACUGGAAUUUGGGUAAGCAGAAACUAUGCAAUUUAUGAUUCUAAAUUAAUCAAGCUUAGACCAAAUCAUAAAACAUAACAUCAGAUCAAUCUUAAUAAGAGUAGAAUAGAGAAAAUUAUAUAUAAAAAUGAUCAGGAAAAGGAGAGCUGUAAUAGAAAGAAGUAUGGGAUCAGAAUUACUAGAAAUUAGAGAUGUAGAGAAUUCUAUUCAAGAUCAUAAGAAAUAAACCAAAAAAUUUGGGAAGAAUUAAAAAAAUAGUCUCUUCAGAUAACAUUCAAAUAAGAUUAUGAUAUUUAAAAAAUGAUUGGGAAAGGAAACUUUGCUAAAGUGUAUCUUUGUAACAAAAAAUCUGACAAAUUGUAUUUUGCUGUAAAAGUUUUCGAAAAAAGUAAGAUGAUAAACACUGAAACGGAUAGGUUGGCUUUAUUAAAAGAAAUAUCCAUUCUGAGAAAGUUGAAUUACAAAGGACUAAUAAAAUUGCAUGAAGUAUAUGAGGAUGAGACACACAUCUAUUUAGUUCAAGAUUAUUUAUAAGGGGGAGAAUUAUACCAGCAUAUUAAAAAAAAUUAAAAAUUGCCAGAAAAUAUUGUAGCCGGAGUCAUAGCAACAAUAUUGAAAUCCUUAGAGUAUCUGCAUAAGAAUAAUAUACUCCACAGAGAUCUUAAACCAGAAAAUAUGAUAUUAAGGAAAAAAGGUGUUUUGGAAGACAUAGUAAUUACUGAUUUUGGAUUGGCUGAUUUUUGUGAUCCUUUUGGAAACUAUAUGUUUUAAAGGUGUGGUACUCCUGGAUUUGUGGCUCCUGAGGUAUUGUAAGACAAACUUUAUGAUUCUAAAGUGGACAUCUUUAGUGUUGGAUGUUUAAUGUAUUUAUUAUUGACUGGCAAAUCACCAUUCAAGGGAUCCUCGUAUGAUGAGAUAGUAAUGAAAAACUUUAAUUGCAAGGUUGAUUAUCAAUCUAUCGAAUCAAUAGUAUCCACAUAAUGUCUACAAUUAUUAAAAUUAUUACUCCAUCGUCGACCAUCACAAAGACCUAAUCCUAAUGAAGCGUUGAAAUAAGAAUGGUUUUAGAUCAAUUUAGAUGGGUAAAGAUACCUAGAAUUGAAUAAUAAUGCAGAAUAAGGGUAAUCUAAAAAAGAAAUCACUAAAUCAAGUUCAAAUGAUAUUGGGAGUUGUGGAUAUAUGAAAUAUUUUAGCUGUGGUAUACCUGAAUUCUGUACUGCAUAAAUAUCUAUUGUAAACAACAAAUAAGAUGCCUUCAUAUAUACACCAUAGUAUGCUAUGAUGCAAUCUAUACAAGAAUAAUUUAAAGAUAGUGAAAAAUUCAUUUCAAUUAGAAAUUUAGAAGGUGACUUUGGAGAUAUGAUAUUUGAAGACGAACCGCCUCAAUCUCAUAAAUUACCUCAAUAUUAAUUGAUAGGGAAAUUAAAGAAGUUUGUGGAUUAAAAUCAUUCAACUAAUUAAGCAUCUCAAAUAUUAUUAUUAAAGUCAACAUCACAAGAUCAGUCUAUUUUCAAUCGAACCUAACCUAAAAUUGAUAAUGAAUUACUUAAAUAAUCUUGA